ACGCAGGGCGCGUGGUCGCGAGCCGACGGCAUCGAUCGCCACUCCGCUCUCCCUCGCCGGGGAAAGACUAAACAUGGCGGCGGCGUCCGCUUCGACGGGCCUGGCUGGAGGCCGAGCGCCGCGGCGGACGGCAGGGAACCGGCUCUCGGGGCUGCUCGAAGCGGAGGAAGAGGACGAGUUUUAUAAGACGACGUACGGGGGCUUCACGGAGGAAUCUGGUGAUGACGAGUACAAAGGCGACCAGUCGGACAGUGACGACGAAGUAGAUUCCGACUUUGAUAUUGACGAGGGAGAUGAGCCCAGCAGCGAUCAGGAUGACAACGAGCCCAAGAGGAAGCGGAGGGUUGUCACCAAAGCCUACAAGGAGCCCAUCAAGAGCCUGAGGCCCAAGAAGGCAGAUGCGCCUGUAAGCAGCUCCCAGAAAGUGAGAGAGGAAAGGCUGGCCCCAGCCGAGCUCCAGGAUGACCUCGGAGACAGCCGCAAACACAUGCGCCAGUCGACGACCGAACACACGCGACAGACGUUCCUGCGCCUGCAGGAGCGCCAGGUGCAGUCGAAACGCAAAAAGGGGGCGGUCCCCAGCUACGACCGGCCCCUGACCCAGGAGGAACUGCUGGAAGAGGCCAAGAUCACAGAGGAGCUCAACCUGCGCUCUUUGGAGACGUACGAGCGCUUGGAAGCAGACAAGAAGAGGCAGGUGCAGAAGAAGAGGAAAUGUGUGGGGCCCACCAUCCGCUACUACUCAGGGACCAUGCCCCUCGUCUCUGACCUCGGCUUCAAGGAAGAGAAUGUGGACGUUGAGGGUUUGGACCAGGACAUGCAGCCCCCACCCCUGGAGGCCCCGCCAGCAGCUUCCGCCUCGGCCGCCAAAUGUUCGCGGACCUUCAUCACUUUCAGCGACGACGAGACUUUCGAGCGCGUCUUCCCGAAGUCUCGGGCCCCCAAGCUGCCUGUGAAGGAGGUCUGCCCCGUCACCCACAAGGCCGCCAUCUACCGCGACCCCAUCACCGACAUCCCGUACUCCAACAUACGGGCCUUCAAGAUCAUCCGCGAGGCCUACAAGAAGUACAUCACAGCCCAUGGCCUGCCCAACGCUGCCGCAGCCGCCCUCGGGGCAGGGCCUCCCAUGGCCGACUCCAAUGUCCGAGCCACCAGACAGAAGAUCAUCAUCAAGCAAAGCGUUCCGAAUACGUAGGGCAUGGGACCUUCCUUGCUGACUCCCCGUCCCUGUUUCCGCAAAACAGCUGUUUCUAUUAUUACAGCAAACACGAGAAAAUAAAUAGGCAUGGAAGUAAGAACUGGCCUUCAAGGGAGAAACAGAGCCUGGUUAUAAGGUCAUUGUAAGAGUUUCUCAAAUCUUCCAGUUUUGUUCUGCUCCCUUCUGUUCAAAAACCAUUAGAACAAAGAUAAUCUCUGGUCAUAAUUCCUUUUCCAGUAAUGUAGUCAUUUUCAGAACGUCUGUCGGCAAGAGACCGUCUUGUUUCCGGCGUUUGGCAAGCCAGAUUUUCCCCGAGAUUCACAAAUCAGCUGCUAACCACCUCCAAUUUUAUUUGCACCACAACGGCCUCGUGUUGAAAUGCCUGAUUUGAUUGCCUCUGUGUUUGCGAUCCGUUCUUAUCAUACUACCACCAGUAAUGUUUAUAGACAGCUUAUGAUGCAAAAUCCAUGAGUAGCUUACACAGUACGUUAAUUCAGAGAGAAAAAAUGCAUAUACAGCAUUUAAAACCAAAAAUACAAAGAAAUGUAUCAGUAAAAAAUGGAGAAGCCAUCAAUGAAACAUUCCUUUAAAUAUCAAUAACUAAUAUAAACAGAAAUGCCUGCUUAAAAAGAUGGGUGUUGAAUGCUUGCCAUUGUUUCUGCCUCAGGAACAGCACAUAGAAGGGAGCCUGACCAUUGGCCGGGUUGACUGGGGCAAAGGAGAGUCCAAACAGCAGCUGAAGCGCCACAGGUUUCCCAUCCCAGGUUUCAAAGAUAAACCCGGCAAUGGGAUUUGGGCAAGGCUCUCAGACCAGGCAACCAAGGCAUUUUAAUCAAAAUGUCUCCUUUAAAAAAACCAACCACCAUCGCCCCACAUUUUUGGCACAAAGGUCGAUGCCAAACUUCUAUUGACUGCUCACAGGUCGAAAAGCGCCCACUAUUCCUAGCUAAUUUGUUUUGGCUGCCUGUCCAAACGGUGGCCGUUACGCAUCCAGCAAGCCAUAGAACAGGUCUGCGUCCCAGUGGGGCCACCUUUGUGUGUUGCCACUGGUGUUAAGUCCCUGUUCAGCUUCGCUGGGGAGUUCCCAUUGGGAAACUCGUAAGCGCAGCCGAUUGCAGCGGGGCUUGCUAUCAGAGAGCCCUUUCAGAGGAGCAGCCUGUAUUUCCUUUGUAGCUGCAUCCUUCUCCGCCGUUGCUUAUGAACUCAGGCGCCUUGCGGGUCAAAGGGUGGACACCUGACCAACUGAGGCCCAUGCCUGCUGCAGGAGAGGGGAAGGUUUUGUGGAGGCCUUUCCACGAGGGCCAGAAGGUUGUUUUCCUUUGCAAAUUGGGGGAGGGAAAGCUAUUUUUGUUGGGUCGAAGAAAAAUGAUUCAAGUCUGACUGGAUGGUCAAACAGAGGCUGAGCGUCUGAGCAGGACACAGGCAUGUGGGAACAUGAGUCUGCAGCCAGUGAACAAGAGCUGUUAGCGGGACAAAGUCGUGGAUUUUUUUAUUAACUAAAAAAAUACUAUCAUUUUUUUUAACAGUUUCAACAACCUGUAGAACAUUUCUCUGAAAAUAAAUGGUUUUAAUGUGA